CUCUCUUCUCCCUCCACGGCUCCACCUCCACCACCACCGUCAGCGUCUCUUUCUUUCUUUCUUUCUCUUCUCUGUGAUACUGCUGCUAACUCCUAUAUCAUAAAAUCAAAUCUCGCGCACCGACAGUCAGACGGGAACUUCUGAACUCUGAGAGACGCAACCAUACAGAGUUUCGCGUAAAGGAAAUUCGUCCUGUUAGCUGUUGCUUCAAAUUCUACAGUUGCAGAGAGAGAGAGAGAGAGAGAGAGAGAGACCAACCAUCUCUGCAUAAGUCUCUGUUCUUCUUUGUGUGGGUUGAAUCUUCGUUUUCCGGAAUCUGGAGAGGGCUUCAGUUCUGGGUUUCGAUAUUUCAUCUGGGUAAUUGAGUUUCAAGUAAAAGGAGGAAUCUUUGGAUCUGGGUUCGGGUCAACUCAGUCAACAGUUGGCUCAGCGACGACUUAAUUGACAUGAAUUCCUUCUCAAUCUGAAGCUUUGUGAAAUAUUUUUUGCCUCGCAAAGUUUCGGAGUUUUCAGAAGCAAAAACAUGAGUUGGAAGAACAGAGGAUUCGAGCAAAAUUCGAAGAGUGUGGUGUCAAGGAAAUGGUCUCUGCUCCUUUGCAUUGGCUGUUUCUGCGCAGGGAUGCUCUUCUCAGACAGAAUGUGGUCUGUGCCGGAGGUUAACGACGUGUCAAGUACAAAGAUGGUUGAAGAUGAGAAGCUCAAUGUCGUCGCAGAAGGAUGUGCCCCUCAAAAUAAGGAUGUACAUCAUGAGUCCAAGGACAUAAUGGGGGAAGUUUCAAAGACACACCAUGCCAUACAUACUCUGGAUAAAACUAUUGCUAGUCUGGAGAUGGAAUUGGCUGCCGCUAGGGCUGCACAUGAGUCCACACUAAGUGGUUCUCCCGUAUCAGACAAUUCGAAAGCCUCGCAAUCAACAGGGAAACGGAAGUAUCUGAUGGUUGUAGGCAUAAACACUGCUUUCAGUAGCAGAAAACGAAGAGAUUCGGUUCGUGCAACUUGGUUGCCUCAAGGUGAUAAGAGGAAGAAGUUGGAAGAAGAGAAGGGCAUCAUAAUGCGCUUUGUCAUUGGUCACAGUGCGACAACUGGUGGAAUCCUUGACCGAGCCAUUGAAGCAGAAGACAGGAAGCAUGGUGACUUCUUGAGAUUGGAGCACGUUGAAGGUUACCUCGAACUAUCGGCAAAGACAAAGACAUACUUCACCACUGCAGUUGCAUUGUGGGAUGCAGAUUUCUAUGUUAAAGUUGACGAUGAUAUCCACGUCAAUAUAGCUACACUAGGAGCAACUUUAAGCAGCCACCGAUUAAAACCCAGAGUUUACAUAGGAUGUAUGAAGUCUGGCCCGGUCCUGGCACAAAAGGGAGUGAAAUACCAUGAACCUGAGUAUUGGAAAUUCGGCGAGGAAGGGAACAAGUACUUCCGUCAUGCCACUGGACAAAUAUAUGCCCUUUCAAAUGACUUGGCUACUUAUAUAUCAAUCAACCAGCAUGUACUGCACAAGUACACAAACGAAGAUGUCUCGCUUGGGUCAUGGUUGAUAGGGUUGGAUGUGGAGCAUAUCGAUGACAGGAGACUCUGCUGUGGCACCCCACCUGAUUGCGAGUGGAAGGCUCAAGCAGGAAAUGUGUGUGUUGCCUCCUUCGAUUGGACUUGCAGUGGAAUCUGCAAAUCUGUCGAGAGGAUGAAGGAGGUCCACCGACGCUGUGGGGAAGGUGAGAAUGCAUUGUGGAGUGCACAACGUUGAAAGACAACAUAACCUGUUCUUCCUAACUCAGGAGGAGUACCCAGGAAAGAAAAAUGAGGCCUUGAUGCUCUCUGUGGGGUGUGGAUAUGACCCUUAUGGGGAAUGUGUUUGUUUCUUCACAUAUAUGAAGAGAAGAGUUACUGAGUGGGAUCUGAUCCAUUUUAGGCAAGGGCAGAAAACCCAUUAGCAGUUUGGAGGGAAAGUAAUAGUCUGCAAUUGUUUGAUUCUUUUUGUACAUGGUUGAAAGGGGGACCAUUUUGUAAGUUUUGCCAAGCAUGGCUAGGUUACAAUACUCCUCAAUAAGUGCCAUAAAUGGAGCUACCAAGCUCUUCUUACCUUUUGCUUUUCCAAUCGAGCCAUAAGUGUUUGUUUCUAAAGCAUAGCCUUCUUUUUUACCUUUUCAUGAUUGAUGAUGAUGCACAGAGUUCAUCUUGAGAU